GAUAUAUAUUUUUAUGAAUGAAUCCUAGACUAGAUCAAAUCCUAGUAAUAGCUGUAGUCUAGCUAGAAAUCUAGAUCUAGAUGUGUUGUUUUCUAACCUACAGAUUAUACCAAUAACUUAACAAUAAUCUAAAUCUAUGGUUGAUCUAGAUAAGAUCUACUCACAACUCACAUCUAUGUUAAUGUUAUAAUAUUACACUUACAGUACUUACACUACUUACAGUUACAGUACACUAUUACUAUUAUCACUAUACUCUAUAGUCUAUAGUACUCUAUUAGAGUCUAUACUGUCUGUAGUGACUAUAACAAGGAAAGUGUUAAAAGCAUAAACAUGAAGACAUAGAAAUUCGAUUCAUAUUUGGUGUCAGACUUCUAUAGAUCUCAAACUGUCAUGGCAACAAGAGCUGCGACUUUUACAUCUAAAAUAAGAAAUUUAAAGGAAUACCAUUACAAAAUUAUCAACAAUGUGGCUCCUUUGCCCACUGGAAUAGAUAUAGCAAAUACACUGAAGUAUUUCUCACAGACUCUCCUUAGUGUUUUGAAAGAUGUUCCCAGCAUACCUGUUGAAAAUUAUGGGCUGCGACAAAAAGACAGUGUGAGAUUGUCUAUUUUUCCAACUUUGAACUACUCUGGUCUGUACCAAGCUGUUCUCAGCAUUCUUGAUUUGGUGCCAACAAUACAGAUUGGACAACUUGCUUUAGGUGAAGCCGUUCUCAAUGUCCUUGGUUGGUUAGUACCAUUUUUAGAGCAUGAUCUUUUGGAUGCUCUCCCAUACACUGUGGCCACCACUUUGGCCAUAUUUCCUCCUACUCUGCACAAAGAUACCAUUGACCUUCUGUGUACAAGUCUCCUUCCCAUGACUCUGAGCUCUGAUGACUGUGAGGAGCCAACUUAUGCCAGUGAAUCAGCAGCUGCCAUUAUAACUAUGGUUUUUCAACACACAGAAAAUGGAGCAUUUCAUUCCCAAAUCCUGGAGUGCUUCAUGAGUCUGAAAAGAAAUGUUAUAAAGGAUGUCCUAAGUAUUAUAGCCUAUGGACCACCAUCAGCUAAGUCACCAGCAGCUCACCUCUUGUUCUAUUACUGGCCACAGUUGAACCCUGCACUCAGUGACAGGAGGGGCAUCCACUACAAAUAUUGUGCCAUGGAAUUCCCAGCUUGGCCAGCUAUUUUAUGUCAAAGAAAAGGAUGCAUAAAUGAAGGAAACUGUCAGGCAGUUAAAAUGUGCAUCAAUCCAGCUUUAGCCAUUCACUCUGGAGACUCACCACCACCACUGUACAUCUGUAGCGACUGUGCACAGACUUUAAAGAAAGAUCACGGUGGAUACAUGGUUGACCUGCUGAUGCCCAUGCCACAUGUUUCUUCAGUUUGUGAAAAUAAGAACUGCAAGUCAUCUCAAAACAUUGCAGUUUGUACAUGCUUUUCAAUCGACUGUGCCAGCUUCAACAGUAACCGACCAAUUAGAUACUGCAGUUCAUGUCAUGAAAGACGCCAUGGCUCAAGUGGCUCCAUUAACCACAUCUACCACACAAGCAUCAUAGACAUCUGGAGCUGUAGUCCAGAGUUACAGAGAUAUUUGAUGGAUGCCAUUGUUAGCCUUUUGAAAGAAGCCACACCCAUCGGUACAAAAAGGAUGGUUGAAAUGGGGGAGGACUUGCGCCGAAUGACAGAUGAGGAAGAGAAUUUUGAUGUUGACGAUGCCGGAGAAAGGAAACUUCUCAGUCGUUAUGGAAUUUGGUUGUUAGUAGAGCUUUGUAAACCAGCUGAAGAUAUACCUAUUGAGGUGCUUGGCCGUCUGUUAGGAAUGCUGUUCCAGUGGUUUGAUGCCACUGCCUAUCUCCCAGAUGACAACAUAGGAAAUGCUAUAGAAAGACUUAAACCUGAGUACAUCCACAACUGGUUGCAGGAAGUCAUGAAGACUCACUUUGAGGUGAUAGUUUCUUGUUUACUGCCUCAUCCUGUUGAAUAUUCAAGAGUGGGAGGAUUCUGGGAUAAUUUAUGCACAAGAACAACUCAGAUUAAGGAAGGACUCAAUUGCUUUUUUUGUCUGGUGCCCUAUGAUGUCAUCACAUUUGAAAUCUGGGACUAUGUUAUGCCCUACUGGCUGGAAGCUAUACGCACAGAAGUACCAGAAGAUGAUUUGCAUGAGCUGAAGGUUUUAUUAAGCAAAGCCUUUGACAUUGACAUGUGUCCUCUUCCUUUUACUCUUGUGAAAAUGUACAACUUCAUCAGUGAUAGAUUUGAUGAUUGCAGUGCAGCUGUGAUGGAGCAAGCUCUUCAGUGGUUACAGAUCUUGUCCAGGCUUGACAUUGUUAUUCCCAUGCAUCAAAUUCUAAGAAUGUUUAAGUGUGGUGUGGACAAAAUCAGCACAGACUCUGAUGUUGCUGAUCUGCUUCAGCAUACUCACUCCAUACUGACCCCUGGGUCUCCAAUACGAGAGCAUGCUGCACCUCUUAGCCCUGAAAGAUUCCCACAUAUACCAGAUCCUUGUGAGCUGUAUGACAGAGAAUCUGAAUUGGUUCUUCCUUGUUUCAUAAUGAUGUUGGAUCUCUGUCUAAAACAGAUGGAGUUACAGGAAGCGCCGCAACAUUUAGGCAUCUACAAUGAGACCAGCAGAGAAGUUAUGGCGUUGUUGACUUGUAUGCUGUGUAAAAAAUGGGAUGGCCAGCACACAUGUGACACAGAAACUAAGCGUGUCAACUGCACAUACUGUCAAAACAUUGCUCUGUGGCACCAGUUGUCUGCCCAGCUGAUGGAGCACGUAUGUCCUAGAGAUCCUCUGAAAAUCCCCAGUAAAGAGCUGCCCAAACUGGACGACUUAAAACAUCAGACAAUCACAGAAGCUCAAAAUGAAAGCAAUGAUCAAGAUGAGGAGAAAGAAGACCCAGUGUUUGAUACAUCCACAAUGCCUAUGUACCUACAACUAUAUAAUGCUCUACUUGAGAGUUUAGUCAGUGUGACAGAUGUUGAUGCCCUGUUUGCUGUGUUGUCCUCAUUGACAUACCUCAUACUCCAUGGAGAAUGUCUCAACUACACCAUCAAUCAGUAUACACAGUUUAUCACGCUAUCCUUUCGAAGAAGAUUUAUUCCCAAUUUAUGGAAGCAUGUGCAGACGGAGCAUUCCCAACUGGCCACUUUAUGUGUCCCUCUGUUGCUCCACUGUAUAACACUGCCCACUGGCUCUCAAAUACUGUGGAGUCUUGUGGAGCAGGACUUUGGACAUGAUGAUUGGAAAGCAAGGUUUGCUGCAGUUGAGAAAAUUACAGUAUUCGCCAGAUGUUUAGAACCAGAGGUCUUCAGAAACAACCAAAUUAUAAUGACCUCAUUAGCCCAUGCAUUCUGUCAUUUGAUUGGUUCAGUUGAAGACAUCAAUGCUUCUGUUGCUCAAAGGGCAAUCAUGUUCUUGGAAACUAUUCGGCCUAUAGCCCUUAAGUGUUUAGUCAGCUGCCUGGAGUUUCAGUUUGAUUCAGUGAUUGAAGAUAGGUCACUUAUACUGCAUAGGGUCCAACUUUUAGAAACUGCACUCAGAGAUGUCCAAAUUCUCAGCUGGGAAUUCUUUUUGUGCCGCUUUGACACUUUAUCUCUGGAAGCGCAGGUAGACUUGGAGAGCUCAGGAGACAUUCCUUAUCCCACAGAUUUGACCAGCAGUGACCGGCAUAGUGAACUUUUUCUGAAAAAACUCAACCGUGCCAGGUUUGCUUUAGCCAGGACAGAUAGUGUUCGGUCUGUGAGUCAAAGCAUGAAAGGGAAGCCACCAUACAGGCGAGCCAUAUCUGUACCUCUUCAUCUAAUUACUAAAGGAGUUAAUCCACCAAAGUUGGAAAGAGAGAAAUCUUGUGUCCGCCAGUGGUCUGCUCCACAGUUCAGUCUGCCUCGUCGAAUGCCCACAAAACUGAACUUGGGGAACUUUGGAUCAAACAUGUUUCCAGGAGGCCAACUUAAAGAAUUCACAGAUGAGGAAAGUAAUUUUGCAGCCCUUCUUCAAAGAGCUAUGGAUUUAGAAGGGGUUGAUCGAGAUACAGUUUAUCAGCUUGUAGCACUUCUAAUGAUGUUCAUGGUGCAGUGCAAUGAACAUGAGGAAGGAGAAGACACUCUCAGCUCGUAUGACAGCAAAGCUCAGAACAUCGUUCUGCGACAUCUGAAUGUGCUGUUGGGUUAUAACCAGACGGAGAAAUCUUUCAGUGUUCCUCCAUUUAAACUGAGAUCCUCUGCUGUUUUUAAUGCUUUCCUUAGCGGAGUCAUGUUUGUACUAGAUCGAAACUUCAAACUUGGGUACGUGAUACUUCCCAUCACAUUGUUGGUUCUCCAGUACUGUCCUUCACCCCAGCGCUACGCUUCGGAUUACCAACCACCUACCUAUACUCUGUGGUAUCUGGAACCACACUCCAGAAUAUCUUGGCUGAAGUCACUGCUGGUCAUUCUUUACAAGUAUCAGAUCAGCACAUCUCCUCGUUCAGCUAUAAUUCAGACUUUGAUCCAGCUGGUCAUCAACACAGUUAGCGCACAACAUCACAGGUGUCGAAACUCAGAGGAUGGAUUCCCGCCUCCUACACCUACAGUUCAAAGAAACCUGAGUAAAAUUUCUGUCAGUGAUUUGGAGAACAUUCAAGAGACAGAUACCCCACCGCAGUCUCCUUCUAGUCAGAAACAGGACACAGGAGAUAUUGGAGGCUCUAUGGAUGUCAGAUCACAUCCAUCUAGUGGAGUUGUUCAUUAUUUCAAAAGUAGCCAGUCCCAUGCUGAUGAGAGUAGUGAAGGUAUCCCCUCUGAUGCUGAAUGGACUCCACCAAACUCCUUCACAUUUAGGAGAGAAGGUGCAAGAAUGGUCAAAGAGAGACAACCUCGUAGACUGAUUGAAUUCUCUGAACCAGAGUCAGCUGAUGAUGACUCAAAAGAUAAUACUGAACGAAGUGAUGCUCCUUUGUUGUCCCAUAAGACAAAGAUUGCAGCUUCUGUGGACAAAAAGAUGGCGCAGCAGUUGAGAGAGUUUUCAGUGUCUUCCCAACACACGGCACUUCAUACCGCUCUGGGUCAAGUCAACAUGGCAGGUCCUUCUCACAGUGGGCCAAUCACUGGCAGUGCGGCUACACAAGGGUCGAGAGAACCUGGUACAACCUCUGAUCACAGUCGUGACGGUGUGUCUGAUGACACUUCUGAUGAUAGUGACAAAACGCAGACAAGUGAAGGAGAUUCUGCUGGGGAAGCAGCAUCAGAGGAACAAAAAGAUGACAUAAGUGAAAAAAAAGCAAGCCUGAUUCUGAAGCCAAAUUUCCGUCAACGGAGGCCACGAAAAACUGGAUUAACAACAAUUGACUUUCAGAAAAAGUUCCCAGAAUUAAGAGAGGAGAAUCACCCUCAGGAAGACAAUGUGCAGCAGACUAGAUCUACUGGUCGCAGGUCAAGAAAAGCAGAACUGUUGGCCAAACAAAACAACCCAAAGAAAACUACAGCUAAUCGUCACAGUGAGAAUGUUAUGGUUGAACGUUGCAGCGAGUGUAACGCUAUCCUAGAGCAGUAUGAUGAUGAAACCAUUGGUCUUUGUAUCAUUAAUUUGGCAACUUUUAUUCACCGUGAACCUGGCCUGGCAACUCCUAAAAUGUUGGAUAUGCUGCAAUGUGCUGCCAGCAUUGCCUCAGGAAGUCAAUAUUCUUGGCAAGCUGAAAGCAACAUCAUAAUCCCAGGUAACAGUGUCAGUAUUGCCCGGCAGUUUCUUCGCUGUGUUCUACAUCAGCUUGCUCCCAAUGGAAUAUUUCCGAUGCUGUUUCAAAGCAAUAUGGAAGAUCCUCAUUUCUGGAAGACAAUGGCAGCAGCUUUGCUUGACUUCAGUGAGCUGCCAUCCCAUGCUCCUCUACAGUACCUUCUUGAAGGCUUAAAUGAAUGCAAAAAUUUAGCUCAAGAUACAAUCAUGCUUCUUUUGAAUAACACCUCGACAUACUUAAACUGUGUGUCUUUGGAAACACCUGUUCCCACCUGGACAGCCAUCUUGGCCCACUUUGACACAUUCCUACGUCGCCUGCCAUCAGUUCUUCCAAGCCCUUGUGACACAGCCCCGAUAAUGAAGAUCAUUAUUACAUUGCUGAAAGUGUCCUGCAUUGGCAGUGUCAGAAGCAUUUUGGAGCCAUUUUCUAAGAUACUCAGUUUUGUGAUCCAGAAUUGCAGUUUUAAACUGCAGCAGUUGUUGGAUAUUUGUUCCUUGUGUAACAGAGCACUCAGCAGAGACCGAGACAAAAUGUUUUUGACAAGAACUGUGAUUUAUGAAUUGGUCCAAGCUUUGAAGUUCAAGUCAAGUAUACCCGAUGAGAAUUUGCUCCUCUUAGUUCAGUUUGUUGUAUUGGACGCAGGCGGCACCUUGUCCCUGUACAACUCCUCAGUGACAGAGACCAGUGCACUUUACAGUACCCAAUCACCAUCCAUGGUUACAACCUGUGCGUCUGAAGCUAUGAGACCAAACCUGAAUGACUGCCUGGAUUUCAUCGCUGAUCUUCACACUAUCACAAAAAUAAAGACUAACAUGAAGGUAGCUGGAGCCAGUCUCAAUGAGGAUACUCUUGGCAGUCAGCUCAAAUCUGGCAUUUCUCAAUAUCUCUCUCUUGAAAUAACCCGAGGGAAUGGUAGGGACAAUCGAGCUAUAACCAGAUAUCUUCCAUGGUUGUACCACCCUCCAUCUGCCAUGCAACAAGGUCCUAAGGAGUUCAUCGACUGUAUAGGUCACAUACGACUGAUGUCAUGGCUUCUCAUUGGAUCUUUAACUCACACUGCCAUCACAGAAGGAUCUGCUCCUAUAUCCUGUCUUCCGAUUCCUCUAGAGGCCAGCUGUCAUAUUGCUGAUCACAUAAUGGUUAUAAUGACAGGAUUUGCUGAGCAAUCUAGUGCUUCAGUUCUGCAUAUGUCUUCCUUGUUUCAUGCAUUUAUUUUAUGUCAGCUCUGGACAAUGUACAGCGAGUCAGCUGCAGCAUUACAUUCUCAUGGCAGUGAACAACAUUACAUGGCUUCAGCUACCAUUAUGGAUUUUUGGGCCAGAGUGACCCCUGGGAUACUUCAACUGUUAUCUCACUCUAAAGUGGAUAAAUCUAUAUUGGAGCUAGCAGAGAUGGUGAAUCUUCACUUUUUAGGCCUGAUGGAGGCUCUUCAAGAAUGUAACUCUUCAGUAUUGGCUAAACUCUUCCCGAUGUGGACAUCCAUUUUAUUUGCUUAUCACUCGCAGCUUCCAGGUCACCUUCAGGUGAGGUUACAGAACUGCCAGUACUGGGAGCCCCCACACCCAACUAAAGACCAGACAUCGUUUAACUCUUCCAUUCUCCUGACCUGGUUGAAGAGAAUUCAGUUCAAGUUGGGACAGAUUGAAGUCCAGUCCUCAGCAGCCACUCAGAUAUACAUUGUCUAGAUGUUGUUGUUCAUUGUCAAGUUAUACAAAAAAGCUUUGACAGAAUGUAGUCCAUUUAUCAACAGCCACUCAGAUAUGUAUACUGUAUAGAUGCUUAUUUGUUUAGUUGUGACAUAAAUUAUAUGUUCUUGGUGAAAUAAUAAUAAUGUAUGUACAUUUAUUUAAAACAUUUUUGAAGUCUAUAAGCUCUAUUGAAAAUAUUUGUAGGACUUCUUUUGGAACCCCAUAACUAUAGUCAACUAAAUUAAUAACAUUAGAUUGAAUGCUGUUGAACUCUAUACUGUAUAUAGUUAGUUAUCACAAACCAAUUACCAGCUUAAGUAACAAACUCAGUUUAACAGCAUUCUGAUUCAUUUAAUUAAAUGUUGAUAUUUCAGUGUCUACUUAUGGUCAUGAGACUUUUUUGAGAAUCUCACUGUUGAAUCUCAUUGUCCUUUUUUUUUUGUUUCCAAAAGAGAUUUUUAUAAUUCUGUGAUUUUCUGUACGUCAAGAGUCGCAUUGCCUGGUGAUUAAAAGAAUCUCUAUCAAGAACUUAGCCAAGUGAUUAAAACUAUCAGAUCAGUUUCCUUAUAAGUACCAUUAAAUUUAUAUAUAUAUACAGAAUACAGAUCAAAUAGUCUCUAACAGAUGCAGAUGUUAUAAUUUAUAGAGCCAAAAAUCAAAUUCAUAUUAUAGAUAUCCAAAAAAAAAAAAAUCCAAACAAUGUGCUAAUGCUCUACUUCUAUGACUUAAUGUCAUACUAGCAUUGCCUGGUAAUGUACGCUAUGUUAUGGUAAUACAUUUUGAGUUUGUCUAUAACAAUUAGGCAACAAGAAAGCAUCGGUCAGUUGUUUUUUAAUAAAAAUUUUAACCGAGCUUUGUAAAAUAAGUUGACUCAGGCAAUUUUUGUGUGUGGCAAUAUUUAGGAAUUUUUUAUCAAGUAUAGACUCAACAACUAACAGAUCUUUUGUCUGUCCCUGAUCACCCUUCUUGGAAAUGUGCAAUCAACAGAUUUACAAAUAUAUAUUAUCCUGUUCAAGUGAUCUGUUUUGUGCCUGUCAGGCUUAUACAGCAACAGUAGUACAGCUGCUUACAAGCUGUGAGUUCAAUAGAUGGGACACUUUAUUGUGCACCACUUUUAAAUAUGUAUUUAUAUAUUUAUAAUUAUUUCUAGUCUUAAAAUGUGUGCAAUUUUUAAAUUUAUUUAAGCAUUUUUAAUUAUUAUUUUUUUAUUUGUAAUAAGAAUUUAAUAAGAAAUGUAUUCUGUUUCAGUAGAUAUAUUUAAGCCACUUUUUGUAGCCAGAAUCACAUUUUUAUUUUGAAGUGUGCUUUGAACCUUUACCAUUGUCAUAUUCAUAUAUACAGAAGCAGCAUUUGUUCUAAGAGCCAGUCUAAAUUAGUGAAGCCUGCAGAUUGAACAAGUUUUAAUGGCAAUACCUACAAAUUUCCCCUUUACUUGUUAUGGACAAUUGAGAAGAGACACUUAAGUAUUUUUAACUAUGUGUCCUUUGUACCAUUGUGUUCACAUUGCAUUAGCACUAAACUAGAUAUAAAUUUUAAAUCAGUGCUGAUAAGUGGAUGAGGUGCAAAAAAUCUGUCCGAAAAUCCAAUGCAUUCUUCUCUACAAAUAAAGUUCUAAAUUAAAUUAAGGAACAUAUCUUAUUAGCAUCAUUAUGUUUUUCUGUAUUGGGAUUAUUUAGUAAUUUUUAUAACCACAGUAAAACCGCUAAUAAAAUACUAUAUUUAAAGACAUUUCAGGAAAGAAGUUUAGAUGAUGUAGCUCUACUAUUGAACAAUAAACUAUAGCAUUUAAAAAAAAACAACUCUCAUUUAACAAAAGAUGGACUGGCAUGUUUCGUUUCUUUUUUAAUAUUUUUUUUUAUUUAUUUAAUAGUAUAUUGAUAAUAUAAUACAUGUAAGUUAAUAAUUUUUACUCAUUUAGUAAUAUUCAGUUAUUUACUUGCAUGCUUUAGUGUCAAUGUAAUUUCCUUUUUUAUUUUUGUUAUAUUUACCUUUGUCACAAAUUCUAAACUCUAAGAUGUGCUUCAUAGAGUUACUAUAAUAUAAAAAUAGUUGUUUCCUGUUAGCACAGAAUGAGUGCUGAUGGAAUACAUAGUAGGUUACGCUUGGUCCUCUCUUUUUACAAUUGAAUGUUACGAUCAUUAGGGUCUUCAAAGCCAGCCAUUUGCUUCUUUAUAAUGUAAAAUUGAAUGGCACUAUGUGAAAAGGCCAACAAUUAAAUGUAACUUUUGUUACUCCUUGGGCUCCUGUUUUAAAGAUCACUAGCCACCAUUCUGUAAAUACUCUUAGUAUAGCCUUUAAUUAUAGUCUUAUAAUAUUUAUGUAAUGUCAUUACAGGGUUGCCAGAACAAAAGAUCCUGGUUAGGGUCUAAAAUUCCAGAUUCUAAUGUAGCCAAAAAUAAAGAUCAUUUCCCAAUGUUUAUUUAUUGUUAUAGGUGGCUGAGUGAUAAAGCACUUUGCUUCCAACACUGAGAGGUCCUAGGUUCAAAUCUCUGACUGGGAUUUUUAGGGCGCCCCUGAGUCCACCCAACUCUAAUGGGUUAGCUUCUAUACAUUCAUUCUAAGUGCAGUCUUGAACAGUACACAAACUAGUGUGCACAUUCUGUAUUAUGUGGAUGGGGGUGUGCAAGCCAGAGUUAUAACACUGUCUCCUCUUUAAACUGUUUGUCCAGACAGGAUUUGAAGGUUUGUCAUCACAGGUGGAGGUCGAUAGGUGUGAGCAACAAUUGGUUGAGAUCAUGUACUUGACAGAGUCAGCCAUGUUGCUUUCUGUUAUCUUCUCCUCUUUCAGUUGGUAUUUCGACCAAGGGAUGAUUAAGCUGUUGACUGGUCUUUCUUGAUGUCUGUAUUGGUGGAUGUUUGAAACUCAUUUCAGGUGUUGCGUUUAUGGUCAUGUUCUACUACUCAUCACCUGUCUAGCUCUUUUAAUGGAAGAACCCAUGACAGUUUGCAGACGUGAUGUUGCUGGCUUCUUGGUAGUCAUAAUAACUCCACAGCUUUGGGUGCCACUUUAACUUUCUUCCAUUAUUUUGCACUUGUGUCAUAGCCACACAAGUAAACCUGUUUUCCAGAGUCAGCUUUCAGCACUUGUCUUUCAUCUGCAGUGUAGGAAAGUGCAAAAUGUCUAUAUUGUUCUUCUACCAUGUACCCUAUUCUGUCACAGGCAAUGUCUAAUUCAUUUACUCUGUGUUGGCCUUAGUUGAGGCCCAUUUUCAGUCAUAUUGUGAAAUCAAAGGUAACGCAUCAGAGAUGGUCUUCAGGCUCUCAUGCUUUGAGUUUUCUUUAUAGACAAUGGUGGAUAGAGGUCUUUAAGAUCCAUAGUAACAGGCUUCGACGCAGACCCAAUGUUGAUCUGUCUGGCUGAUUGAGGUACUACUAGCGCAGCGGUUCUCAACCUUUUAUGCUCGGCGACCCCUUUUUUGCAAACCCCCACUCUGACUCGACCCCCACACACACACAUACAACAAUAGACAAAAACAAUCCAUAUUUUCUAUGGUCUUAGGCGACCCCUGGCAAAUCGUCAAUCGACCCCAAAGGGGUCGCGACCCACAGGUGGAGAACCCCUGUACUAGCUGGUGCAUCUGUAGCCAAACCCUCAGUCAGAUUAUAGGUUUCUUCUCUCAUUGCUUCAUCUCUUUUCUAUCCAGCUGGUACUUAUGAACUACUUAAUAAUCAUUUACUGGAAUGGAAAUAUUAUCUUCUUGAUACUGUCUAGAAAAUGUCUCUCUGGUCCUCGCAACACUGACCUAAUUUAUCUUUUGACCAUUUUCUAACAAUGUCAUAAGAUUUUGUCCUAGGAUUUAAAAAAAAAUCUAUUUUGCUAUCUAUAGCUGCAAUAUAUUGUUUUUGUGAUAAAACCUCAAUUGCACGUUGGUACGUUUUGUUACAUAGUACUCUACCAAUGGAGACUUUGAAAAAUUAGAAAAACAUAUUGUUUGGUAACUAUUUCAUAGUCCGCUCUUUUUGCAGGAGUAACAUCAGGGUGUAGAGUCUGAAGUCAAGUCUAUGUGAAUGAGUAAUUGUGCAAAGAUUGAACUGGAUCCUAGAAUUGGUGUGGGAGAAAGAACAUGUUUACCAGACAGACAGAGUUGAUAUAAGCUUUGUAAAAAAAAAAAAAAAAAAAAAAAAAAGACUUAAAAAUUGCAGAAAUAAAAAACAAGAACAUAGCAUAAUAUCUGAGUGAAAAUGAAAGCCCACCAAUAGUUCAAGAUCUAUUGUAUCUCAUCAGGAAAAUAAUGACUAAUAUGUAAAUCUUGAUCUAGCUUUAAACUCGAAUGGCAUUUUUAUUUACUUUGAGUGGUUUAAAAAAACAACAUUGUCAAUAAUACGAAAUCCAUUUUUUAAAUAAUCAUGUGGCAACCCUGGGCUUCAAUUUUAAUGUUAUUUACAGUUGUGUAUUCUUAUUAUAAUGAAAGUUUUUUUUACGGAUUUGCUUUGUAUUUUGUUUUAAUGAAACAGUAUUUAUGUUUAUCUGUGAUGUAAUUUUUCUAAGGUAAAUUAUGUUUUAGAAUUUUCCAUUGCAUUGUGAUAGGUAUUUGAAAUAUUUGUGUUUGGUCAAAAUCUUUCAUUAAUAUACACUCAAAACUUCAUGUAUCAAUUAA